AUGCAGUCUUCUAACGAUACAAAUGUGUGCCUCUGUCCUCCAAUGUCCCAUCUGACACCCUCGUCAUCUACACUCGCUAAGGAUGCCUACUCAAAAUAUUACCAAGAGAUCGGAGCAGAGAUGAUUAGCAACCAGCUCAUCAUUAGAUUAGAAAAAGAUAAAAAUAGACAAAGAAAGAAACGGGCAGAAUGGGACCCACCUUGCGAUUGCGUCGAAAUUCAAAGACCGACAAGCAAAAGGGGUCCCAAGAUAAUCAACGCAGAUUGUGAUGACCGCAUUGUAUUUCGCGUCCACUCGGCAUCCCGUUUCAAUGAAAAGAAGGAAUCUCCUUAUAAGUCACAAACAAUCGGCUAUAAGAUCGGAUCGUGCAGGGACGAACAGGAUAGCCAUCAAUGCAAGACCAUCACGGUUUAUCCGCAAUUUACCUCAGGGUCUCAAGAAGUAUACAGUGAUCACAUAACAGAGGGCAAUCAAAAUAUCUUCUUACUAAGGAUAAAAAAGAAAGCGGAAGAUUCUGAACAAAAAAAUAGGAACGUCGAACUUGAACUAAGAACGCCUAAACCGCCAACGCUGUUACCUGCACCUGCGCCUACACCUGUAUCUGCAGUUGCACCAUCGCAACCCGUUGUCGAUUCAAUUGUAGAAAAUGUACAGAAACCGGACAUGCCGGAGAAAAUUAUAAAGCAACCGGCAAAAGUGUCCAAAAGCAAACAAAAAAAGAAAAGAAAGUAA